AUGGCGGAGACGCCCGCUCGGGGGUGCCGUUCGGCGUGCGGCACAUUGUGGAGUUUGGCGGGUUGGCUGUGCGUCGUCGUCGCCACGGCGACCAACGACUGGGUGCGCACGUGCGAUUACGGCGCUCUGGCGUGCGUCAGGAUGGACGAACUGGGCGCCAGGGGACUCUGGGCCGAUUGCGUGGUCGGGCCCGCGCUCUACCGUUGCGCCGCCCUCGAUCACGUCGUCGAUCUGCCAGCACACGUGCUGGGGUCGCGCGCCCUUAUGUUGUGCGCGUGCCUGCUGGGACUUCCCGCCUUGUUGUUGGCGCUCUCGUCCGCUCCCUGCGUGCGUCUCCCUCACGACUCGCCCGUCAACAGGAAGAGGCGGGCGCUGGUGGGCGGCGUCCUCCUCCUGCUUACGGCGACGUCGGGCCUGGUGUCCACCGUGUGGUUCCCUGUGGGCGUCCACCGGCGCGAGGGGAUCGUGUCCUUCGGCCCGUCGCUCUACUCGGGCUGGGCGGGCGUGGCGCUGUGCUUCCUGGGGGGUGUGGCGGUCCUGUGCGGCCGCGGUGAAGGAUACCCUCCGGGCGCUUUCGGACGGGAGAGCUUCCUCUACUCCAGGCGGCGAGCGGCAGGUGAAGAAGUGGUGACGGCGGAGCCCCCGCCGGCCAACUACGCCAAGCGUGCCAACGUGUGA